GAGUGACGUACUCGGUUCUACUUCCCACUCGCCAUGGUUUGAAGUCGGGACUGAGAGCUUUUCGCGAGGAGUUGGGUGUACUAUCGUUGAGAUGUGAAAAGCGCCAGGUUGAAAGGGGUCGGUGGCAGUACUUGGUAACAGGCGGCGGUCGCGGCAGCUGUGGGAGGGUCCCGUGGCGCGGCGUCGGCGGCCAGACGCGUAUUUUUCGUUCUCUCCUCACGUGCGUGUUGCUUGCGUUGCGGUGUCUGUCGUCAGUGUGCUUUUGGAGCCCUUAUCGAAGUGAAAGAAGGAGAAAAUGUAAACACUGGGAAAAAUGUUGGUAAAUAUUCCCAGAAGAACUGUGUAGUAAUUACGAUUGAAGUACUAUCCGAGCAAUUGCCAGAUAUUCAAUUUUUCAUGCAAGCCAUCGAGUCCGCGCUGUUAUCAGACCUGUAUUCAAGAUAUUAUUCAUUUAUCGACCUUGGACAGCGUUGCCAAGCCCGGUUAAUCAGGAUACCCAAACAUGCGUCUGUAUCAGGUAGCUAAAGCGUGAGACUGCCACGACGCGGGUGCCAUGAAUGUGCAGGUGUCAGUCGGACGAGAUACCCGACGUUCUUCACCGAAAGUUAAACGCCACCUUUGAAAGAGAAGAAGAAGAAAAAGUAGAAGAAAGAGAAGAAUUAGAAGAAGACGAAGAAAGAAGAAGGCGGAAAAAUUAAGACAAAGAGUCCUACACAACGAAUCCCCUCCCCGUUGAUCGACGGCGAGUAGCAGCGACCCUGGCAGUGGCAGUCCCCCGAAUGGUGCCAGGAUGGAAUGGACCCUAGACUUGGUGCCCGACCUGCUCUUCUGGGGCGCCGCGAGCCUGGCCCUGGCGCAGGUGGCACAGCUGGUGGGGCUGGCACUUUGGUACUUGGCCUUCCCCGCGCUGUGGCUCCUGACGGGCGGGGCGUGGCUCCUGAGGGCCUCGGCGAAGGUGAGCACGAAGGGGAAGGCAGUCCUCGUGACGGGCUGCGAUACCGGCAUCGGGCACGCCCUCGCGCUCAGCCUGCAUGAGAAGGGCUUCCGUGUGUUCGCGGGGUGCCUGCAGCUGGCGUCUGGGGGCGAGGGUGCCGAGGCCCUGCGGCGGAGGGCGUCCGGCCGACUCCACGUCCUGCAGCUCGACGUGACUCGGGAGAAGCAGGUCCAGGAGGCUGUCCAAAAAAUCAUCGAGAUUUUGCCUCAAGACGAGGUUUUGUGGGGCGUAGUGAACAACGCGGGCGUGAGCGGCUGCGGCCAGGUGGAGUGGGUGCCUCUGGAGAAGUACCGGGAGGUCGCGGCCGUCAACCUCUUCGGGGUCUUGGCUGUGACUAAAGCCGCCCUUCCUCUCGUUAGGAGGGCGCAGGGUCGCGUGGUGAACAUCUCGAGCGUGACCGGAUGCAUCGGACGCAGCAGCAUGUCCCCUUACACGCUCACCAAAUAUGCUGUGGAGGGGCUGAGUGACUGCUUGAGGGAAGAGAUGCGGGCGUGGGGCGUGGGCGUCAGCUUAGUGCAACCGGGGAACUACUCUGCAGGAACCGAGAUCACGACGCCUGGCAGAGUGGCACGUCAAGGAGCCCGGAUGUGGGAGACAAUGGACGAGGUCGUGAAGGCGGACUACGGCGAGGACUUCUUUAAUCUCGUCAUCGAGUUCUCGAAGAAAGCAAGUUCGAGCGGGUCCAAGGACCUGACACCCAUCCUCCAAGCCGUGACCCUCGCCCUGACGCAGCAGUUCCCGAGGGCGAGGUACAGGGCCGUUGACUGCUACUACUUGGUCAAGGUCCUGUGUUCUGUUCACCUUCCGGAGUGGCUCUUCGACCUCGUGUACCUGGCGCGGCCUCCCUCGCUGCGCUGUCGAGGGCGGCUGCUUCAGGAUAAGCCGGAGUAAUCCUUUGUGAAAGCUCAUAUUUAUUUAUUUAUUGUAUUAGUUCGGUAUGUCUUAGCUGGCGGGCGAGACGGAGGGAUCCUUUAGAAAAGGCGAACAUUUAUUAAUUUAUUCAUUUAACAUUAUGAUUCUUGUAUCUUGGUGGUGGUCUGUUUUUUUUUUUUUCAUUAUAAUCAUCCAUAUUUCUUUAACUAUGGUGAUGACUGAUGCUGAGGAGGAGACAGAGUGAAAUAUUUUUGGGCCUUAUAUUUUACUUAGCAUCAGAUGAUAGUUUUAACUUUUCAUAUAUCUUAAUUUCAAUCAAUUUUAUAGGGGUUGGAAAUCUUUUAUUUACUUCUUCAUCUAUUCUCCUUUCUUUUUUCUCCGCUUCCCUGCCAUUAGUCGGAGGUUAAGAACAGGGCGGAGUGCUGAAAGUUCUUUUAAAUGGUUGGGCAUUUUUUGUGAAAUGGCCGGUGGUAUUUUAAAACAUUCUUUGAGAAUUAUUUUUCCAUUUAUUUUUUAGCCGCUGAUUGAGAGAAACGUAGAAGGGAUAUAAUCCAACCCUUUCAUUUUCUGUCGUUAAUAUGUACAAUAUUUUCGUAUUUGAUUAUUCAUCAUGCUAUGCGAUCGGCUAUAUAUUGAAACUGUUUUUUCCUGACAAUCACUUUUAAAUUUAUUCAAGGUUGAAGAUUUUAUCUCAGUAGAUUUUAUUAGUUCGUUAGAUUGUUAUCUCCGCGGUAUUGCCCCUUUGUGAUUUCUACUAUCUGUGUAUCCCAGGAGAUUGAGUCGGAAUAACAAGUUUCCUGCUUUGAAAUGUGGGUAUAUAUUACACACACACACACACACACACACACACACACACACACACACACACACACACACACACACACACACACACACACAUACACACACACACACACACACACACACACACACA